AUGAUGGCAGACGCAUCAGGCGCUGACCGCGGCUGGGUCCUCUACGCGGUUUCGUGGCCGCUCUUUGGCAUCUGCGCUAUUGUCACCGCACUCAGAUUCUGGGUACGUGCGCGCAUCCUCCGGAGCUGUGGCUGGGAUGAUGCCUUCAUUCUACUUGCGCUGAUCUGUGCCACUGUUAAUACUGCACUGGUAAGUCUGAGUAUCAGGCAUGGGACUGGGCGCCACAUGGAUGAUUUAUCACGGACUCAACAAAUCGCCUCUGCCAAGUUCCAGCUGCUUUCCCAGGGUUUUCAUGUCAUGUCGACCAAUUGGGGGAAGGUCUCUGUGGCACUGUUUCUGGUUCGCAUUAUCUCGGAGGUGAAGCAACAUAAGCGAGCCAUGUAUGCUGGGAUGAUCAUCCUGUCUGUCAUUAAUAUAGUGGGGGUCUACAGCAUCUACGGGCAGUGCACACCUACUGCGAAGACUUGGGAUAGUAGCAUCGAAGGCUCCUGCUGGCCACCGAACGCACAGCGGAAUUAUGCUUUUUUUCAAGGCUGUAAGCAUGAUCUGCACGGACUUUAUCACUGGAGUUUUGCUGACCUGGAGCCGGCCGUAGCUUCCUCUGCAUUCAGCGACUUGGUUCUGGCGGUGUACCCUCUGCUUACCAUCAGGAAUUUGCAAAUGGCAACCAAAGUUAAGUUUGGGCUCGGAUUCGUGCUCUCGCUGGGUUUCAUCGCAAUGGUGGCAGCUAUCAUCAAGACUGUCCACUUGGCGGCGCUGUCGUCUAGAGGUGAUUCCACAUGGGACAUGCUCAGUCUGACCAUCUGGGUUGCAGUUGAACAAUACCUCAUUAUUCUAGCGGCUUGCAUUCCCGCACUCACGCCUCUUUUCAACAUCAUUGUGCGCCGACGAGCCAGCAAGCGGAGCAAAUCAACCCCCAACGAGCUGGGAACGAGUCACAACCGCAAAUUGAGUCGCCAUCAACCCUAUCAGCCUUUUGCCAGCGUAGGGCGCGACUACGUCGAGUAUCCCUUGACCUGGGCCCGUUCAGCGAGGGAUCCCCAGCACAGUACCACUGACAGUGAGGCGCCCAUUACUUCCGAGCCUGGGACGCCGAAUGGAAUCCUCAAAACCACCGAGUUUCAUAUCCAGGGGUUUUGUGAUGACCGAAUGCGAUGA